CAAAAAGUAAAGAGAAUACGCAACUGCGCUUUUUUCUAACGCCAUUAUUAUUACUUCAUUUUGUUUGGCCGUCUGCGCUAACAUGCGCCUUCACAAAGUCUACCACCGUUUCUCUAUCUUCCAUUUACCCAAACAGCCUCUCAUCCUCUCUCACUUUCUCUCUCUAAAACCCCCUGACCGCCCUCCGCUCCACCUGAUCAAACCUUUUUCCUCAUCUUCGCACGCUACUGGUAGAGCCACAGCAAUGACACUCCGCAGCAUCGCCCCCGUCCACGCCGCCGAGGCCGACGGUGGCUCUAACGGCACCACUCGUGCUGCAUCCGCCGCAGCUGACUGUGAAGAUUCAUCAUUGGGAAAUGGAUACCGGCUUCCUCCACCAGAGAUAAAAGAUAUAGUUGAUGCUCCACCUCUUCCAACAAUAUCAUUUUCUCCUCACCGGGAUAAAAUACUAUUCCUCAAGAGAAGAUCACUUCCUCCCUUGGCAGAUUUGGCAAAACCCGAGGAGAAACUUGCUGGUGUUCGCAUUGAUGGGAGAUGCAAUUCCCGGAGCAGAAUGUCAUACUACACCGGUAUUGGAAUCUAUCAAUUAUUGAAUGAUGGUACCCUAGGUCCUGAAAAAGAAGUACAUGGUCUUCCAAGUGGUGCUAAAAUUAACUUUAUUUCAUGGUCAAAUGAUGGUACGCAUCUUGCCUUUGCCGUUAGAACUGACGAGGAUGAUGGCAGCAGUAGCAAGCUGAGAUUAUGGGUAGCUGAAACUAAAACUGGAAAAGCUAGACCUCUUUUCCAAACACAAGAUAUUUUUCUAAAUGCAGUUUUUGAUAACUUUGUGUGGUUAAAUAACUCAACCUUGUUGGUUUGUACAAUUCCUCUAUCUCGGGGAGAUCCUCCAAAGAAGCCCUUGGUUCCUCGUGGUCCCAAGAUCCAAUCCAAUGAGCGGAAGGAAUUAAUUCAAGCAAGAACACAUCAAGAUCUUCUCAAAGAUGAAUAUGAUGAAUUAUUAUUUGAUUACUACGCAACUUCACAGCUUGUUCUAGUUUCUCUUGAUGGAAUGGUGAAGCCAGUUGGGCCUCCGGCUAUAUAUACAUCAUUGGAUCCAUCACCAGAUGAAAAAUACAUUAUGAUUUGUUCGAUGCACCGGCCGUAUUCUUUCAUUGUACCUUGUGGGAGAUUUCCUAGGAAGGUUGAUCUUUGGACAGCUGAUGGAAAUUUUAUCAGAGAAAUUUGCGAUUUACCCCUUGCCGAGGAUAUUCCCAUUGCACAUAACAGUGUCAGAAGAGGAAAGCGCUCAAUCCAAUGGAGAGCUGAUAAGCCAUCAACACUAGUCUGGGUUGAGACACAGGACGGUGGUGAUGCAAAAAUCGAUGUCUCUCCACGUGAUAUAGUUUAUACAGAACCUGCUGAGCCACAUGAAAAUGAUCAGCCAAUUAUUUUGCAUAAACUUGAUUUUCGCUAUGGAGGGAUCUCUUGGUGUGACGACUCACUUGCCCUAGUUUAUGAAUCUUGGUAUAAAACACGGAAGAUAAGAACCUGGGUUAUUUCACCUGGGUGUGAGGGUGCAACUCCGCGCAUACUUUUUGAUAGGUCUUCUGAAGAUGUUUAUUCCGAUCCUGGCUCUCCUAUGUUGCGGAGAACACCUUCAGGCACUUACGUGAUUGCGAAGAUAAAAAAGGAAGGCGAUGAAGGAACAUAUGUCCUGUUAAAUGGAAGUGGUGCCACCCCAGAAGGGAAUGUGCCAUUUGUGGAUUUAUUUGACAUAAAUACAGGCAAUAAAGAACGAAUAUGGGAGAGUGACAAGGAAAAAUAUUACGAGACUGUUGUUGCUCUGAUGUCCGAUCAGGAUGAAGGGGACAUGCCUCUUAAUCGGUUAAAAGUAUUAACCUCAAAAGAAUCCAAAACUGAAAACACACAGUAUUACAUGCUGAGUUGGCCAGAAAAGAAAGCAUGUCAGAUCACAGAUUUUCCACAUCCUUACCCUCAGUUGUCUUCACUAAAGAAAGAAAUGAUUAGGUAUGAAAGGAAGGAUGGUGUUCAACUCACUGCAACAUUGUAUCUUCCUCCUGAUUAUGAUCCUGCAAGAGACGGCCCACUUCCAUGCUUAAUGUGGUCCUAUCCUGGCGAGUUUAAAAGCAAAAAUGCAGCUAGUCAAGUGCGUGGCUCCCCAAAUGAGUUCGCCGGCAUUGGUUCAACAUCUCCUCUACUCUGGCUAGCAAGAAGGUUUGCUAUCUUAUCAGGACCAACAAUUCCUAUAAUUGGAGAGGGUACUGAGGAGGCAAAUGAUAGCUAUGUGGAGCAGCUUGUUGCAAGUGCAGAGGCUGCAGUGAAUGAAGUUAUUCGCCGGGGAGUGGCUCAUCCUAACAAAAUUGCUAUUGGAGGUCAUUCAUAUGGGGCUUUCAUGACUGCAAAUCUCCUUGCUCAUGCACCACAUCUUUUCAGUUGUGGAAUUGCUCGCUCUGGUGCAUAUAACAGAACACUUACUCCGUUUGGAUUUCAGAAUGAGGAUAGGACACUUUGGGAGGCCGUCAACACCUAUGUUGAAAUGAGCCCAUUCAUAUCGGCUAAUAAAAUUAAGAAGCCUAUCUUACUCAUCCAUGGAGAAGAAGAUAACAAUUCAGGAACCCUGACAAUGCAGUCAGAUCGGUUCUUCAAUGCAUUGAAAGGACAUGGUGCACUUUGUCGCCUUGUUAUUCUUCCCUUUGAAAGCCAUGGUUAUUCAGCACGAGAGAGCGUGAUGCACGUUCUCUGGGAAACUGAUAGGUGGCUGCAAAGCUACUGUGUGGCUAAUGCUGGCGAAGAACCUGUGGCAACUGAAGAAAGUUCAAAUAAAGACACAUCAGGUGCAGAAAUUAAAGUUGUCGGAGCUGCUGGAGGAGUGACAGAGCAGCCAGAUCAAGAACCCGACAGAAUUCAAAUUAUUUGCAAAUCUUCAUUGUGAUAUUGAUUGUGACUUGGAACAGAUGAACCUGAGCUCGGUGAAGCGUAUCAGCGGUCAACUGGUAUAAUAUUUUAACAGCAUCACUGAAACUGCACGGCUCGGUUUACAAACUGCCUUAUUUUCUCUUCUAAAGUGAUCUGGGUGAAAAGUGGUCAAUCAAUGCAACUGUCCAGGGUUUCAUAAACAAAUAAUUAUUGCACCUGGAGCAAAUUAUUGGAAUGUGUAUUUGAUCAUAAUUCUUCAUUUUGGUUUUUUAUGUUUGUAAACUUAUGUAACUUAAGAAUAUUCUCUAUCUUCUUGAUUCAGCAUCUUAAUUUUUAUCUUUGGCAGUAAA